CUGGACAUGAUUUCCACGAGGGUGAUGGACAUUAAGCUUCGGGAGGCUGCGGAAGGCCUUGGGGAGGACAGCACAGGAAAGAAAAAGUCCAAAUUCAAAACGUUUAAGAAGUUCUUUGGGAAGAAGAAGAGAAAGGAAUCUCCUUCUUCCACAGGAAGUAGCACCUGGAAACAAAGCCAGGCGAAGAAUGAGGUCAUUGCCAUCGAGUCAGGGCCAGUGGGCUACGACUCAGAGGACGAGCUGGAGGAGUCGAGGGGCACGCUGGGCAGCCGGGCCCUCUCACACGACAGUAUUUUCAUUCCUGAGUCUGGACAGGACCCUCCUCGGCCAGUGCGGGUCUUUUCCCAAGAAAAUGUGUGUGACCGGAUUAAAGCUUUGCAGUUAAAAAUACAGUGUAAUGUGAAAAUGGGGCCGCCACCUCCUCCGGGGGGCCUUCCGGCCAGGCGGGGAGAUGAUGCUGGCAUGAGCUCUGAGGACGACGGUCUGCCCAGGAGCCCCCCAGAGAUGUCCUUGCUGCACGACAUCGGUCCCGGUACCACCAUAAAGGCAAGUGUACUCUUCUCCAGGCAAGCGAGCGACACCUCCGUCUCCCCCAGGACCUCAGACAGCAGUGUGGCACCCGUGGCUGAUUUCGAUUAUCCCCCAGAAUUCUCCUCCUGCCUGGACAACUCUGCGGCCAAGCACAAGCUCCUGGUCAAGCCCCGCAACCAGCGGUGCAGCAAAAUGCGGCGUCUGUCCUCGAGAGCGCAGUCCGAAUCCCUGAGCGAUCUGACGUGUACCCCAGAGGAGGAGGAAUACGACGAGAAGCCGCUACCCAAAGUCAGCACGGAGGAGAAGCCCAGUUCUGGGCAGCAGGAGGGGGGACAGGACAGAGGCGCUGAGCCUGGGAGGCAGGCGACCAUGCUGCCUCCUGCGGGGCCCCGUGCGCGGCGGGCGCGCCUGCAGCACUGCCCGGCGCUCACCGCCAGCAUCGAGGAGGAGAACCCCCCGGAGGAGAACCUCUCCAGCCGUCUGGCCACCCCGGAGGUCAUGGAGGUCACAGAGCCCGUGUCGGGCCCACACCCCCGCUCGGAGUCCCCGUCUUGGCCAGAAGGCUCCCCGCACCCUCACCCUAAUCCUGACAGCGAAAACCCGAGGGAGGAGCUGUCCCUGGAAACCCGGUGGCCCCCCGGCGGGGACACAGCGGACGAGGUGGUUUGUGCUUCGGGAGACGUCGAGGGUCGAUUAUCUCCCUGCAUCCCCGAGGGGGACACGACCCCUCCCGAGCCCGGCCCCAUAGCCACCCAGGAGACGCCCUCUGGCCCCGACGGGCCAGACCACACCGGCCCGAAGGAGGUGCGACUGACCCUGGACACGCCGGGUCCCGAGGGCGCAGGGCCAGAAGCCCCGGCCCCCAGCCCGCCGGCCCCCAAGAGCUGCUUGAAGCACAAGGCCUCGGCUGCGACAGCGAACGAGAGCCCCGGCGCGGCCCCCUCACCGCCUGCCUCCGAGUCGCCUGCAGAGGCGGCCGCACCCGGCUCCCUGGACCAGGAGGCGGCGCCCCCGGAGCCCCCCAGGGCCGAGCGGGAGGGGUCCCCCACGGAGGCGGCGGCGCCGGAGCGCAAGAUGGAGCGAGGAGGCCGCGAGGCGCGGGCCGCCAAAAAGUUCUCGGUGUCGUCGGGCCGCGAGUGGCCGCGCGCGGGGGGCCGCCUGCUGGAGCCCCGAGGCCCCGCCGUCCGGCUGCCGCUUCUCAGGAGCGGUCCGGCCUGGAAGAGCGAAGCCGCCCUCGAGGACCUCGGGGCGCCCGCCGAGCCCCAGGGCCCGAAGCCCGGCCCUCGGAAGCCGCCCGCCCCGGCCGAGCGUGGCUCUCCGGACGCGGCCACCGCGGACCCCGGCCCAGCCGCCCGGGAGCGGCCCGCGGGCGGGGACGGAAGCCCCUUCCCCGUCAAGCUCCGCUCCACGUCUCUGUCCUUCAAACACAGAGAAGCGCCCUGCCCGGAGGGGAGGGGAAUCAAGAGGUACAGCGCGGAGGUCAGGCUGGAGAAAGGAGGGCUGACCUUGCUCACCAGGAACGACAAGGGUCCGCCUGGGACGGGCCCCGCCGCCCGAGGCGCCAGGUCUCCCAACGAGCCGGGGAAGGCGAAGACCCGGUCCGCCGAGCAGCUCAGCUCCAAGCCGCCCCUGCCCAGGAAGCCGCUGCUGCAGACCCUCACCCUCCCCCAGCUGCCCGCGCCCCCCGACGCCAGCCCCCGGGACCCCGAGAAGGUAGGGCCGUCCGCCGACCCCAGGAAGGAGAGCCAGGCAGCGGAGAGGAAGUCGCCCCACAGGGCAGCUGGAAGGGAGAUACCCCCAGCAUCUACAGGGCCUGGGACCGACGGCCAGCCCGCGCCGCCCUGGAUCACCGUCGGGCGGCAGAAGCGGCGAGGGGCCCCGGAGCAGCCAUCCAGCCAGGAAGACAAGCCUGGGGCCGGGACCUUGAAGUCUGACACAGGAAGGCCAGCCAAGGCGCCCGAGAGAACCCAGGAGUCUGUGAAGCAAGCCGACUUCGUCCGCAGCAAGUCUUUCCUGAUGACCCCUGCCAAGCCCGCUGUGGACCAGAGGCAGGGGACAAAGCUCCACCUCCAGGAGGGGCUGCAAAGAGGGAUCUCCUUGUCCCAUCAGAACUUGGCGGCCCAGUCGGCAGUGAUGAUGGAGAAAGAAUUGCAUCAGCUGAAGAGGGCCAGCUAUGCCAGCACAGACCAGCCAUCCUGGAUGGAACUUGCCAGAAAGAAGUCACAAGCUUGGAGCGACAUGCCCCAAAUUAUAAAAUAG